UCCUGAGCGCCCCGCCAUGGCCGUCACCCCCAGCCUGCUGCGCCUGGCGCUCCUGCUGCUCGGGGCGGUGGGCAGGGCCGGCCCCCGCCCCCAGGGUGCCACGGUGUCCCUCUCAGAGACAGUGCAGAAAUGGAGAGAGUAUCGGCACCAGUGCCAACGUUUCCUCACGGAAGCGCCACUCCUGGCCACAGGUCUCUUCUGCAACCGAACCUUUGAUGACUACGCCUGCUGGCCAGAUGGGCCCCCAGGUUCCUUUGUGAAUGUCAGCUGCCCCUGGUACCUGCCGUGGGCCAGUAGUGUGCUCCAAGGGCAUGUGUACCGGUUCUGCACGGCCGAGGGUAUCUGGCUGCAUAAGGACAACUCCAGCCUGCCCUGGAGGGACCUGUCGGAGUGCGAAGAGUCCAAGCAAGGAGAGAGAAACUCCCCUGAGGAACAGCUCCUGUCGCUGUACAUUAUCUACACGGUGGGGUACGCACUUUCUUUCUCUGCCUUGGUCAUCGCUUCAGCCAUCCUUGUCAGCUUCAGACACUUGCACUGCACCAGGAACUACAUCCACCUGAACCUGUUUGCGUCCUUCAUCCUCCGAGCACUGUCCGUCUUCAUCAAAGACGCUGCCCUCAAGUGGAUGUAUAGCACGGCUGCGCAACAGCACCAGUGGGAUGGGCUCCUCUCGUAUCAGGACUCUCUGGGCUGCCGACUGGUGUUCCUGCUCAUGCAAUACUGCGUGGCGGCCAACUACUACUGGUUGCUGGUGGAAGGCGUGUAUCUGUACACACUGCUGGCCUUCUCGGUGUUCUCGGAGCAGCGCAUCUUCAAGCUGUACCUGAGCAUAGGCUGGGGAGUUCCGCUGCUGUUCGUUAUCCCCUGGGGCAUUGUCAAGUAUCUCUACGAGGACGAGGGUUGCUGGACCAGGAACUCCAACAUGAACUAUUGGCUCAUCAUACGCUUGCCCAUUCUCUUUGCAAUCGGGGUCAACUUCCUUAUCUUCAUCCGGGUCAUCUGCAUCGUGAUAGCCAAGCUGAAGGCUAAUCUCAUGUGUAAGACCGACAUCAAAUGCAGACUCGCGAAGUCCACUCUGACGCUCAUCCCGCUUCUGGGCACGCAUGAAGUCAUCUUUGCCUUUGUGAUGGACGAGCACGCCCGAGGAACCCUACGCUUCGUCAAGCUGUUCACAGAGCUCUCCUUCACUUCCUUCCAGGGCUUUAUGGUGGCUGUCUUGUACUGCUUUGUCAACAAUGAGGUCCAGAUGGAGUUUCGGAAGAGCUGGGAGCGCUGGAGGCUGGAGCGCUUGAACAUCCAGAGGGACAGCAGCAUGAAACCCCUCAAGUGUCCCACCAGCAGUGUCAGCAGUGGGGCCACGGUGGGCAGCAGCGUGUAUGCAGCCACCUGCCAAAAUUCCUGCAGCUGAGCCCCAGUGCUGCGCUUCCUGUGGUCCUUGCUGCUGGCUGGGUGGCCAUCCCAGGUGGGAGAGACCCUGGGGACAGGGAAUAUGAGGGAUACAGGCACAUGUGUGUGCGUGCCCGCACACCGCACACACACACACACACACACACACACACACACACACACACACACACACGCUUUCCUCCUCCAAACCUAUCAAACAGGCAAUCGGGCAGUGCCUCCUGGGACCACAGACACAUGUUCUCCAAGGAGAACAGCCUGCUAAUUUAAUCUCAGCGACAGGAAGAGAGGAAGAAACAAUUGCUGUUAAGACGAGGAGGACUUCUUCCUGUUAAAGCUGCAAGGCCCUUGGGGUUCCCUCGGACAGAACUGCAAAUCAACCCCGGAACUCUCGCUCAAGGGCAAUUGCUGACGGGUGGAACUUGGGCUUGCGAGAGGAGGCAGGUCCAUGAGAGACCUGCCCUUGGAACCUCAGCCAGCACAGCGCUCAUCGAGGUGAGCUGGCUGUGCUGUGUGCACGGCUGGGGUUGUCACCUACAUCAGCCUUCCUCUCGGACAAGAGGCUUUUCUCUGUGCAUCUGGAGUGCCGCCAUUCCUCCAUCUGCCCGUUCAUCCGCCAUCCUGUCUUUGCCUUGGGGAGGGGGGAGGUUUGUUGAAGUCAUGCCGUGCAGCUCUUUCUGGAAACAUCUGUGGAUGGUGUUGAAGAUAAGCAUGGGGGAGAUACAACAGAGGUAGUCUUUGCCCAUGCCCACUUCUUGCCUGGUCCUUUAAGCCACUUUGCUCUUGGUUUCUGCCCUGCAUGGGUACUACUAGGGCAGGUCCCAAGUUGAGAAGCCCAGAGGUGAGGUGUGAACCCUCAGUUCUGUUGUAAAGAUGCUCAAAUACCCUCUAAGGUUCAUCUAAAGGAGUAACCUGCCUAGGGGUGCUGUUGACCUGAAAUCAAGAGGACCAAAGGAUCCAUUGCCAACACCCCCCAUCCCCCACACACACCUCAUCUGUGACCAGAGUCUAUGCUUUGAAUCAGAAUGGGCUAUAUCCUCUGACCUCAGAGGCUAUGACCCAGAAGAGAUUCUUCCCUGAAUCCUCCCACUUUGCACACAUAUAGACUUUAUCCUUCUUCACUCUGUGUCUAUUCAAAUGUAUAAUUCUGGUUUCUCUCACCCCACGGAAGAACUAGAUCACAGCAACUGUUAUGUUUGAGGGAGUGGGGGAGAAGGUGAUUGAUUUGACCCCCUCUCCCCCACCGGUGUUGAUAAGUAGCGUCUGUCCCACCUCCAGACUCCACCCACACAUAAUGAGCAGCACAUAGACCAGGAUGGGGGAGGGGGGUGGUAUAUCAUGCUUGCCCUCCUCCAACCACUAUGAGAAGGCUAGCAGAAGACACCACUGCACAGACCCAAGUCCAAGGACUGCCUCCCCAGGGAAUUAGGCAGUGACUUCCUAGAGGCCAAGAAAGACUCCAAGAGCUGGAGAAGAAUCCUAGUCAUCUGGAUCUCUUUUGAGGUUGGGGUUGGGGUGGCUUUCAAUGGAUUCUCUCAUGAGGCUUAUCUCUCCCUCAUCCCGUGGAGAGUGGGGGACCCUCCCUAGUGCUCACACUAGACACUGUGCCCCUUGGAGAGGCAUAAGGCAUGUAUGGGAGAUAAUAAUGGGCUAUAAAACAU